UGGGAUGGUGGUCAUUGUUCCUGUGAGCCCAGGGUAGAAAACGUCUCUGGUGUUAUGCAGAAAGCCCGCUCCUGUGGAGGGGGGGUAUAAUAAGAGUCCGGGCGCUUGAGCGUUUCAAAGUCAGUUUUGUGAAAUUCUCCCAAACUGCGAGGACUCUACUGCAUUAGAACCUCGUCUAUGAUGAAUUCUUUCCAGGAGACUCAGUCUGAUUUGGAGGUGAUCUUAGAGUUUCUGGAGGAGUACUACAGACAGAACACUGGAGAAAAUGUGGAGAAGGUUUACUGGCCUGCAGGUGUGGAUGAAAGCAGUGCACCUGUGGAUGAAGCAUCAUGUGAGCAGUGCUGGAUGUGCCAUGAGCCUAACAUCAAGCCUGCACCUCAGCUCUUCCUGGCACACGACUCCCCACCAACCCACAGCCAAAACACAACAGCAGCAAUAUUAUCUGAGCAUGGGUCUGUGCCAAACUUUGUAUCAACAAGACAAUCGACCAAACACCAGGCCACAGCAACAGGGAGUGGCAGAAAGGUGCGACUCUUUCACUUCCUCUUCGAGAUGCUGGAGGAUCCAAACAUGGCCCACUGCGUGUCCUGGGUGCCAGCGGCCGCCGGCGUUUUCCGUUUCUCCUCCAGGAACAAGGAUCAGGUGGCGGCGCUCUGGGGGCAGAGAAAGGGCAACAAGAGGCCCAUGACUUAUCAGAAGAUGUCCCGGGCCCUCAGGAACUACGCAAGGUCGGGAGAGAUCUUCAAGGUGAAGAAGAAGCUCACCUACCAGUUCAGCCGAGACACCCUGAUGUCGCUGCAGAGGUGUCAACAAGGAGAUUUGUAAACUAGACUUUCUGUAGAUCACGUCAUCUCAUUUAAAACUGUGCUCUUUUUACCUGUUUCCAAUGCUUUGACCUCCAACGUUUUUCCAUUAUUGGUGUGACAAACAUUGUAUUCUUGACAGCUCCUGGUGUAAAUAAUACAAAAGAAAUAAAGAAAAGGUAUUUUACUGUUA